AUGCGUCGCCAUGGCAGGUCCAGUGGCGGCUCGACCAAGGCUGCCUCGCCUUUGUCUGACAAUGUCUCUCUCAUCCGAUCUUUCGACUCGGUCCUCAACCCAAACCGACCCACGCGCCCCUCGCCCUUAGCUUCCUCCCACAUCCAAGCUCUCCCGCUGGAAUUGAUCGAUCGAUUGAGGUCUUUUCCGUUAUUCCAGGCCACCCCAGAGUCUUUCUUGAUCGAAGUGGGACAGCACCUGCGCCCACAACUCCACGCGCCCAACGACUACAUUCUGACCGAAGGCGAUGAGGCCAAGGCUAUAUACUGGUUGGUGCGGGGUGCGGUUUCGGUCACAUCGCGGGAUGGGGAGAGUAUAUACGCCGAGCUCCAACCAGGAGCAUUCUUCGGCGAGAUCGGAUUGCUCAUGGAUCGACCGCGCACGGCAACCAUUAUCGCCCGAACGAGAUGCAUGCUGGUCGUGCUGACCAAGGACGAUUUCCGGAACAUAUUGCCCCGUUUUCCAGAGGUGGAACAAGCCAUCCGCGAAGAAGCGCAGGAGCGAUUGAUGAUUCUGGAAAAGAAAAAGAAAGAAACGUCUGCGCCUGCGCUCGACCCGCCAAGUCCCGGGAGAAGAGGCUCCAAAAGAUUACGUGAAAGCUUUUCCAAGGAUUUAGCCGUUAUGGAGGAUGACGAGGAUCCAAGUACUAAGUCAGUGUACAAGAAACGAAAAUCACCGAGUCCUGGUCGGCGGGAUGGCUCUAGUGCAUUGGCAAAUGGAUUAGUGAACGUCCGGCUCUUACUCAAAGAGCUACCACUUUUCUCGGGCCUACCUGCUGAUAUUUUGCACUUCCUCGGCCUCAACGCCCAGCCGCGAUCAUUCCCUCCAUUCACCGACAUCAUACAGCAAGACUCUCAGGGCCGCGAGCUCUAUUUCAUAGUUCGCGGUGAGGUGGAAGUACUCACAGAGAAAUUGGACGCGAACCACCCCGCCUCCAACAAUCAUCGCAAUGGGGUGGGCCGGCCAGGAACAGAAGUCAAAGCUCGACUUAGGCAGGGCCAGUACUUUGGCGAGGUUGUCAGUCUGGCCCUUGCACCCCGGAGGACCGCUACAGUCCGAUCUGUAACAUCAGUCGAAUGUCUGAUGCUGGGUGGAGAUAUCCUGGCUGAAUUUUGGGAGAAAUGCCCCAGUGUGGUGCGAGACCAGGUCGAGCGCACCGCCCAGGAAAGACUCCAGGCAGCCGCCGAUGGCGACGUGGUCAUGUCAGAUGAGGCAGAUACACAAACCUCUAUGGGAGAUCUUGCCCUUGAUGACCGAGUUAAGAUCACGUCGUCACGGCGGCGUUCAAUGCCGCUGUUGACACUCACCGAGACCGAACUGGACGGACCACAUCAGUCCUCACCUGUCGAAGAUCAAGACCAAGCCGUGCUGCGGCCAUCUGAUCCUGAUCCAUAUCUUAGUCUGGGCUUGGACAAAGUUCGAUUGAGAAGCCGACGUGGCUCCGUGGCACCACUGGCUCCCGAGGAGGUGUCGGGGGAGAGCCAGCGGUCAUCGCCCACCGAGCCACGCUCUGCCAGCUCUUCAACUAUAGCCCUUCCUGAGACUGCCGGCCUUCCGAAACCACAUCAAGUCGCCCGUCGCCGUGUCGACGGGGCCAACGGUAUUCUCCCGGAUAGCAUCUUGGUCAACAUCUUCCAGAACUUGGAAUUACAUGACCUCCUCCGGCUCAGGGCUGUGUCAUCUCACUGGUCAGAACUUUUGACUCAGUCCGCAGGUGUAGCUCAUAACUUGGAUUUGAGUGUUUACAACCGCAGGAUCACAGACCAUGUCCUGACCAAGAUCAUUUGCCCAUUUGUCGGCAGCCGAGCCCGGUCUGUCAAUAUCAAUAAUUGCUUCCAUAUCACAGACGAAGGUUUUACGGCGUUGGCCUCUGCUUGUGCACAAAACACUAUCGUCUGGAAGAUGAAGAGUGUGUGGGAUGUCACAGCCUCUGCUAUUCUUGACAUGUCCAGCAAGGCUACCAAUAUCCAGGAGGUGGAUUUGAGCAACUGCCGCAAGGUUGGUGACACACUCCUGGCCCGAAUUGUCGGCUGGGUAGCACCCGCCGACCAGAAAGAGAACAAAUCCUCUAUCAAACCUAAAAUCCAGACAGCAGAGGGCACAGUGUAUGGUUGCCCGAAGUUGAAGAAACUCACUCUCUCGUAUUGCAAGCACGUCACCGAUCGAUCUAUGCAUCACAUUGCAUCCCAUGCUGCUGGUCGGAUUGAGGAAAUGGAUCUGACGCGUUGCACCACGAUCACCGACCAAGGGUUCAAAUACUGGGGAAACGCUCAGUUCACCAAUCUCCGCAAGCUUUGCUUGGCGGAUUGUACUUAUCUGACGGAUAACGCCAUUGUGCACCUCACGAAUGCUGCCAAGAACCUAGAGGAACUAGAUCUGACAUUCUGCUGUGCGUUGUCAGACACAGCAACGGAGGUUCUUGCUCUGCAGUGCUCCAAGUUAAAAUCUCUCAACAUGGCAUUCUGUGGCUCUGCAAUUUCUGACCCUUCCUUGCGGAGCAUCGGUCUGCACCUUCUCUCACUCCAGCACCUAUCCGUGCGUGGCUGUGUACGAGUCACCGGCACUGGCGUUGAAGCUGUGGCAGAGGGAUGCCACCAGCUUAGGAUCUUUGACGUCAGCCAGUGCAAGAAUCUUGGUCCUUGGCUUGAGGAUGGCGGCGCGAUUCGGUAUCAACCAAGAGUUGAGUUCAAAACGGUCGCCCCUAAUAAGACUCGUCGAUGA